GCGUCAGCCUCCCCGGCGCCUCCAUUGGCGCCGGCCCGCAUCGGGGGCUCGAUUGGCUGCCCGGCUGGUGCUGACGUCCCCCCGGAGCCCGGCGGCAGCCAGAGGUAAACAGCCAUGUGCAAUCCCGCACUCCGUAUUUAACAGCUGCUGCGGGGAAGGCAGGGAGGCAGGGGGCGGCGGCGGCUCCCGGGGCAGCUCCUGUCUUCGGGGACCAGGCCUCGCAGCAGGGCUGGCACCAGCCCUCGCCGUGUGAGUGGCAUCAUGCCAGCCUCCCAGAGCCGCGCCCGGGCCCGGGACCGCAACAAUGUCCUCAACCGGGCGGAGUUCCUGUCCCUGAACCAGCCCCCCAAGGGGGCCCCGGAGCCCCGCAGCUCGGGCAGGAAGGCCCCGGGCCCCUCGGCGCAGCCCCCACCCCCGGGCGAUGGGGCCCGCGAGCGGCGCCAGUCCCAGCAGCUCCCCGAGGAGGACUGCAUGCAGCUGAACCCCUCCUUCAAGGGCAUCGCCUUCAACUCCCUGCUGGCCAUCGACAUCUGCAUGUCCAAGCGGUUGGGGGUGUGCGCCGGCCGCGCCGCGUCCUGGGCCAGUGCCCGCUCCAUGGUCAAGCUCAUUGGCAUCACGGGCCACGGCAUCCCCUGGAUCGGGGGUACCAUCCUCUGCCUGGUGAAGAGCAGCACACUGGCCGGUCAGGAGGUGCUCAUGAACCUGCUUCUGGCUCUGCUCCUGGACAUCAUGACAGUGGCCGGUGUCCAGAAGCUCAUCAGGAGGCGCGGCCCAUUCGAGACGAGCCCCAGCCUCCUGGACUACCUCACCAUGGACAUCUACGCCUUCCCCGCCGGGCACGCCAGCCGCGCGGCCAUGGUGUCCAAGUUCUUCCUCAGCCACCUGGUGCUGGCGGUGCCCCUGAGGGUCCUGCUGGUGCUCUGGGCCUUCUGCGUGGGCCUGUCGCGCGUGAUGAUCGGCCGCCACCACAUCACCGACGUCAUCUCGGGCUUCAUCAUUGGCUACUUCCAGUUCCGCCUGGUGGAGCUGGUCUGGAUGUCCUCCAACACCUGCCAGAUGCUCAUCUCUGCCUGGUGAGCCACCGCCCGUGGCUCCGGGACCCGGGGUGGCCUGGGAGAGGAGGCAGCAGCUGCGGGGCCCACGGGGCCAAGUGUCUGUCCCCCCACUCCUGCGCUUGGACUGUGAGCGUCCUCCCAAGGUGGGCCGGGGGCCCCAGGGAGAGCCGUGCGUGGCUUCCGCCCUGGAGACGGGAGGCAAGAACCAGGGUGGCAGGAGCGGGGCCGAGCAUUGUCCUGUCCCUCCAUCGUCGUGACUGCUGAGUGCUUGGCCGCACCCCCCGUGCCACAGCACAAUGCCUGGCAAGACACCCCCAGCCGCUGCCCGACACAGGUGCCACUGCCAUUAACGGUCGCCAAUAGCUUAGGGCAGCCCUUUCGAAAGGGCGCCCUGCCGGAUGCCGGCCUGCAAGACGCUUUGGGAAGAAGAAAGGGUUUUGUGGUCAAAUAAUCUUGGGGAAUGCUGCAUACUCUGCCCCCCAUGCUGGCCGUUCACGAGAGCCGUUGUCAUAAAGGCUCUGACAAGUCCUGUAGAAAGGCUUCCUGUCAGACCCCGUUGAACUCCAUGUUUCCUCAACUUAUUUGACCACAGACCCCUUUUCUCGAGGAACAGCUACGAACCCCCAAAGAUCUGCCAUCUCCUCAAGCACGUUUUGGGAGAUGCUGCCCGGGAGCCGGGGGGCCCAAGGCGCAAGUGGGCCCCUCCCAGCACCCAGGAAGGCCCGGUAUUGCGUGCCACCUACGGAGAGCCCCUGGCCAUGGGCAUCGGUGCCGCUUUGGCCCUCAGGGGCCGGACUCCGUGUGACCUGAUAGGUCGUUUUCCAAGUCCCCGUUCUGGCUGUGCGUUUCAUGCGACAAUACAGAGGACUUGCAGCGGA